GUCACGGGAGUGGCGCAGGAAAAUGGGGGGACGCGAGAGACCAGAGACACCGAGACCGCACAGGCCGUGAAACGGUAUGAUGACAGACAGUCACAGCCAGUGUGUUGGUGCGCAGCCCGAUCACAAAGCAUGGGGGUCAAGCUCAGUAGCAAGGGACAACAGAGCCACAGGAUGGUGAUCUUUGUGGCCAUCUUCCUCCUGAUGAUGCUUCUCUUCCUGUACGGCUCCAACAAUGUCAACGAACCCGUCUACGCUCCCUUGCGUGUGGCUACAAAUCGCAUACUCAAGACCACAGACUUGAAGAAGUGGGCUGGGAAAGACGGUUAUGUGCCAUUUCAUGGAAACAAGAAUAUGACCCUGCACUGUCACAACUGUGCGCUGGUGACAAGUUCCAGCCACGUCCUGGGGAGUCAAGCAGGAGAUGAGAUCGAUCAUACAGAGUGUGUGAUUCGUAUGAAUGACGCCCCUACGUUGGGGUAUGAGAAUGAUGUAGGGUCCCGGACUUCUCUGAGGGUUGUAGCCCACUCCAGUGUGUUCAGGGUGGUCCGAAGGCCCAAUGAGUUCUUACACCGCACAGACAACAACUCCGGGAUCAUCUUCUGGGGACCCCCGAACAAGAUAGGGAAGGAUGCCAAAGGAACUUUGUACAGACUGAUCCAGAGAGUCAGCAUGACCUACACUAACAUUUCAUGUUUCAGUAUCACACCAAGCAAGAUGCGCAGAUUUGACAGUCUCUUUUAUAGUGAGACGGGACGAGAUAGACAAAAAUCUCACUCAUGGUUGAGCACAGGCUGGUUCACGAUGGUCAUAGCCAUUGAGAUAUGUGAUAACAUCAAAGUAUAUGGGAUGGUUCCACCCAAUCACUGCGGAAGAAAACCUGGAUCCAAGAAGAUGCCCUAUCACUACUACAAACCCAGAGGGCCUGAUGAAUGUGUAACAUACAUACAGCAUGAGAGCAGCCGAAGAGGAAACCACCAUCGCUUUAUUACAGAGAAACAGGUGUUUGCACACUGGGCAAAGCUGUACAACAUCACCUUCGCUCACCCCAAAUGGUGAAAAAACCUAAAGAGAAUCUCUGCACUCACAGAGGCCUGAACGAGUACUGUGGUCGGGAUUUCACUGUUAAUUUCCUCAACUGAGCCUUUGAAAGGCCACUCGAUGAAUGGCAGUUUUUUGGGGAAAGAAUUCACUAUUAUUGGACCAAGAUGUGUAGGAAUGUUUUCUGUUGCAGAAGAAGGCAGAAAUUCAUUUUUAAGAGGUUGCUGAAAUACUCUGUAUCUUCCACAUUGACACGUGGCAGCCACCAGGCAAGUGUUUUUGUAAAUAGAAAGGGAAAUGAAUUUAAAGAUGAAUUUUUACAUGUUUUUAAUAAUUUUGUUAUGUAUUGAAAAAUGUACUUAUGUUUCCAACAUUGAGGGAGGAUACAUCAGCAAAUAUUCUAAUUAGAUGUAAGUGGCCUACAAUACACUGUAUAUAACUCAUUUGUCAGUCAUACAGAGAUUAUAUUCUAUAGUAAUUGCAGUGAUAUUAAGCAGAUCAGUAAUUCAAUCUAUAUUGCAUUUUUUUAACAGUUCCUGAAUUGAUACCAAAAAUGCACUUUCUUGACAUCUUAUCUUGAAGAAUAUAAGCAUUUCUACAUACAUUUCAUUGUUUAAUGUCGUAAAACUUAACAUCUAUACAGCGACAAAAGUCUAAAAUUGGCAAAAUUGUGAUUUAAAGUCAAUAUGAGGUUUUUUUUUUUUUUUUACAGUUUUAUACUUGGUGCUACGGACACAUUUUGAUCAGUACUCAGAAAGUAUUACAGCUUAAAACCCAGCCUAGUUAACAGAUGACAUUCAGAUGAUUACAAAGACCAGAGAUAAAGCACAGAGGUACAUUCAGUUUGGACAUAUUCAGAUUCCAGAUAUUUUGUGGCACAAAAUUUAUUUUAGAGAUACAGAUUGUACUUUUCUGGUCACCUGAAAUAAGUUGAUAUACCCUCACUUUAGUGCCCCACAUUUUUUGCUGCUCUAGAUGUUGGUUUUAAUGUUUUCAACAGAAUUAGAUUAUGAUCAUAAAACUGUUGCCUCGUAACUUAAACCUUUUUACCUCAGUGGCAUUCCAGCGCAUGCAGCUUCAGUUCAAAUGCAACAUGGUCGUGUUUUGUGUCAGUAUGUUACUUAAGACUGCACGAUUAGAUCUUCUUAGAUAUAUCCAUCUGCAGGAGAGGCUUUUAUUACGAUUCACGCAGUGUGCUUGAUUUGUUGUGAUCAGAAGCCUUUGUUUUUUUUUGAACAGAAAAAAUGUACAUGAACUGCAUCGAUUGACUUGUGCUACUUUAUCAGUAUUAAAAUGCCUGAUAAAUUUAUUGAGACAUUAGCCUGAAAAAAUAAGAUUUAACUUUAUAGUGGCGGACCAAAAAAAUAACAGUUCAAAUCUACAGCGCAGAAGAUGAAGCUGAAACCCAAAUUUUAUGGAUACGGUGGAAACACACACUCAGUUUCUAAUAUUUUGUGGGUAGAUUAAGUAUCAGAAACACUUGUGAAUUUAACACAGUAAGGUUGAACAGCACCACACGCAGCCUCCAAACUGACCAAAACAGUUGAAUCAAGACCUUUCUGAAACUGUUUCAACAAAAAACCCUCGUGAAGUGUUUUAUUAGACUGCAUUAGUUUUUGCAAGAUGGACUUAAUGAUCUGGAAACUCUGUAUAUCAAGCCUACAAAUAAUCCAGAAGAACACUGCAACACUGCAGCCCCAACCAAACCUGGUCUGGCUUUUUUUAACUUAAAAUAAAAAAUUCCAAUAAGGGGUAGAUGCAUGCAGCAUGCACUGCAACUGGAAUGUGAUUGCAUCUAGAAGACAAUCAGAUAACUGUAAAGGCCUGUAGUCUUGUAGAAACUUGCAUUUUUCAGAUGUUAUCAAAAGCAUAUGGGCCAGUUUCUCUUAAUUAACACAAACGUGUUUGACCUAUUUGCUCAGAAACCUGAAGCCGACUCUGGUGUUUAUUGACGAAAGCUUAACUAAAGACGUUCAGUGCCAUUUGUUUGUCCAUGUUGCUCGAUACUGGUUCUCAUGAAAUGUUCUGUACUAUUUAAAACCAAUUAUAUGCUUUGAAAAAAAAACAGCACGUCAGUACAAACUUGGGCAU